AUGAUACAGCGCGGGCACGACUCGUUUGUUCCCGAUCGGCAAGCGGAUGUCGGAUCGGAGUCGGUUCAAGGACGGCCAGCCCGAGCGCAAACAGGACAGAGAGAACGGAGGGAAGACGAGACGGCGGCAAGGCCUGCGGCAGCAGGUUGUACUCCAACUCAUUUUUGGGCGCCACGGCUAGUUCCGUCCAUAUGCAUGGAAGUUGCACGAGGAGGCGUCGGCCUAGCACGUCUUGGGCGCCGCCCUUUUGCGAUGCACAACUGCAGCAUCGUUGCAGACCGAUGCGGCGCGCCGUCGGCAGGCGAACCGUUGUCGAACCCUCGCGCUAAUGGAACGGGCAAAGAGGCUGCACGCGCGGGGAGCUGA